ACGCACGGUGCUUUCGCUUCGGUAGCGACCAGCCACAAGAUUGUUUCAUCCGCAAUGGAAAAGUACCGGCUGAUCCAGGAAAGCAAGGCGGAUGAACACGAUUUGGCCCAUGGCGCGAAUGCUGCCUCGUCAAUGCUCGAAUUUCCAGAAGUCCGCAUCACGCAGCAAGGAAAGCCACGUAACUACAUAUCGUACGCCAUGAAUUUGUUUUCGGACGGCUCGCCAACAAUUGUGCUCAAAGCAAUGGGAAAGGCCAUCAACAAGGCAGUAACGAUCGCAGAAAUUCUUAAACGCAAAAUGUUUCUGCACCAGAUCAACAGUUUGAGUUCCGUCGAAAUGAUUGAUGUAUACGAGCCGGUCGAAGAAGGUUUGGACUUGGUCACUAACCGUCGCUUUGUAUCGUGCAUGAAAAUCAUCCUUUCCUUGGAACGACUCGACAGUUCUCAUUCUGGCUAUCAAACACCCCUGGCUCGGGAGGAGAUGCAUCCUGGAGAUUAUCAUCCGACCGUUGGUUCGAGCAAAACAUCCGCUACACCAAUGAUUUCAUCAAAUGGAUGAGCUUUCCAAAAGAUUCUACCCUCCGCAAGAAAACCGGUCGCAAAGCUCUCGUUCUUGAACUCACUUUAGCUUCCCGCCAUCAUUGGUGAGCGUGAAAGCUUGUUCUCACUGCCGCAAUCAAAACGACGAGACCUAUUAAGCAAACCUAGCACUUUGAGUAUUUAUCUUUGC